GGAGGGGCCACGCGCUCCAAAUCCCUUGCGCCGCUCUCACGUCGGCAGUGAGGGCGGAAGCGGAGACUACAGGAUGAGGCUCCUGGUUGCGUUGCUCCUGCUAAGUGUCGCAGUGGCGGACAGCACCUCAAGAAAAGAUAAGUCUCCGAUUCAGUCUUCCAAAGAAAAGACUAAGCCCCUGCCUCCUGUGGAGGUAGAGCCUGGCAGGCCGACGGAGCAGAGGCAACAGCAAUCCGCUAACGUAGACCCGACGGAGAAGCCGGUGGAGCGGACUACGGCUGCAGUUUCCAGUUCGGCGGUAUCUGGACAGCAGGUCGCCGCAACCGAUCCCCCCCAAACUCAGCCCGAGACAGAAAAUACGAAGUCAACGGGGUCCGCACAACAGCCCCCGCCAGCCGACCCCAAACAGGAGGAAUCUGAGCAGAAGCCCACAAAAGAUGAUUCUGGAAAGCCCACAAAAGGUGAUCUGGAAAAGCCCACAAAAGGUGAUCCGGAAAAGCCCACAAAAGUUGAUCCGGAAAAGCCCACAAAAGUUGAUCCGGACAAGCCCACAAAAGAUCCGGAAAAGCCCACAAAAGAUGUUUCGGAAAAGCCCACAAAAGUUGAUCCGGACAAACCCACAAAAGUUGAUUCCAACGAGCCCGUCUCCAAACCCUCCUCAGAUGAGGAGACCCCCAAGAUUGACAAAACCAAGCUAGCUGAAAAAGGACAGAAAUCUACACCUACUUCCAAAACUGAAUCUGGGGAGAGACCAGCAGGGGACUCUGACUUUUCUUUAAAGCCAGAGGGAGGAGAGAAGUAUUCGGAGCCUACUGAAGCUGUGGAAGGCAAGGAAGAGAGUGACAUAGAGCCAGAAGAGGGCUCACCACUUGAAGAAGACAGUGCAAAGGUGUUGGGCCCUUCCUCCAGUGAGAACCGAGAGGGGCCGCUUAUAGAGUCUGUGAAUGACGAGAAAGAUAGCUCUUAUAAGGACAAUUCUGCAAGCACCAGUGCAGAGAGCAGCCACUUCUUUGCCUAUCUGGUGACCGCAGCUGUUCUUAUUGCUGUCCUCUAUAUUGCUUACCACAACAAGCGGAAGAUUAUUGCUUUUGCCCUCGAAGGAAAAAGAUCCAAAGUUACUCGGAGACCAAAGGCCAGUGACUACCAGCGUUUGAACCUAAAGCUUUGAUUAUUUUUUUGUCUGCAAGACCUUGUCCUCCCUGCUGAUUUGUUCCUGAAUCAAGAAAAAUGAAAAGACUGACCUCCUCUGGGGUUUGUGGCAAGUCCAGGCCGGCAGAGAUGGGAUUGCUUCAGGUUUUGCACCUGCACUUUGGUGACUUUGGACUCUGGUGAUGUUUAUUUACUUUUGUGUUUCCUUUAUGCUGGUGUGUUCCACCAUCGUCUUUCCUUGGAGUGUGAGGAAAGAACACGUGAAAAUGUGCUGACCAAAAGAAGCCCCUCCCUUAGGCAGGCACACGAUGGACCACUCCCAUAGCUGCUUUAUCAUUGCAACUCUAGGAGGAAGCUGCAGAGAUAUGCUUACUAGGCAAGAGACAGAAGAUGGUGGGUGCGAUUCUGAUGGGCAGAGAGAGGUUUGAACCUUUAUUCUCUAUAGAGGCCUCAGCUGUAAACCAGUAUAGCAGGUUUAAAGAGCGCUGAAGUCUGACCCACUUGACUGUCUAUUUUUCUGUAAGUUUGCACUCUGGUUGUACUAGCAUAAAAAGGAACUUGGAGUUUCUGGAAGUAAAAUCAUGGUUCCAUGGGUUUUUGCUUUGUUUUGCUUAAUAUGGUGAUGAUCAUUGAACUAGUGUGUUCUUGCAUACUGUCAUCCCAAUAGGAAGGAAGUCCUUGGAAAGGGGCAGGUUCAUACUUAGUGCAAGGAAACACAUAAGAGGGAUGUGGUAUGCAUGAAA